AUGCCGCGGAAGCGCAAAGAGAGCUCGUGCAGCAGCGCGUCUUCUUCGAAUCCAAAAAAACACAAGCCGUCGGCCGAGCCAGUGCUUGCAUGUCGCGAUGAACCCGAAUCUUUGCCGUUACCGGAAGAACGUCUCCUCACUGUGGAAGAAGCAGAAUUGUUGGUUCUUGAACGUCAGCGAGAUUUGUCUCCUUUGCGAGAUGAAAGCGCAUAUUGGCGAGACAUGAGGAACAGCGACGCUGUGUUCCGGAUGAUGCGCAAAUUUCAAGCGGAUCGGAAGCGGGAGGCCGAAGAGUUGGAGUGCAAGACAAUGAGGCAGUUGAAAGAGCUUGACACGGCUUCCAGUAGGCAUAUUGUGAGACGGAUGAAGACGAAGAAGCACCAAGAAGAUGUGCUGAAGGACCCAUUGUACCGUUUGAAACACAUCAACAAACAGCUUUUCGGAAUGUGUCGUUCGGAUCGCAUCUCGAAACUCGCUGAACGGAUGGAAUCCGAGAUCGCGACGCAUAUUGUGAGACGGAUGAAGACGAAGAAGAACCAAGAAGAUGUGCUGAAGGACCCAUUGUACCGUUUGAAACACAUCAACAAACAGCUUUUCGGAAUGUGUCGUUCGGAUCGUAUCUCUAAACUCGCUGAACGGAUGGAAUCCGAGAUCGCGACGCGUUUUCCGGAAGUCCGAACCCUGAAGUGAUUUCCCACGGCAUUCCUUUUUUUUUUAUUCGUGAAGAAGUUACGCCGUGUGGGUUUCUACCUCGAAAGAAAAACAAAGAGCGCUCUUUUUUGCGCCUUCUUUUGGCAUUUUGGAGUCGAGUCGAGGAAAAUUUUUUUUUUCGUUCAUUUCUGCGGAUAUUCAGUGAUGUUUUUUCGCCAAGUGCCUCGAGAAUUUUUUGUGCUGUUGGGAGCGUGGAUGAAUUGUCGGAUUUCGGGAAAGAAAAUUCGUUCCAUUUGGAAAGGAA